CUGCGUAAACCUGACAUUGACCAAAUUUCCGACAGAGGUUCAACGAGUUGAGUUCAAGAUAAUGUUUUUGCAUUUUGUACUUGUGGCCUUUGUUUGGCAACCGGGGAUAAAUCUACUAGUAGCCCAGAAAAACGUCGUUGGUGACGAGUUUAGGUUUUACAACGUUGGUAUCCUAAUGGCCUCAAAUUUAAAUUACCCUUUCGAUUUGGAAAGAUGUGGACCAGCCGUUGAUAUGGCAUUGGAGGAAGUGAACGAGAAGUUCCUGGCCCAGCACAGGAUAAGAUUAACGAAGGUUCAAAGAAGUUAUCCAUCUUGCAGUGGUGCCCUAGCUCCUGGUAUAGCAGCAGACAUGCACUUUAUAUCAGAUGUUGUUGCGUUUGUUGGACCGGCGUGCCUUUUUGCUUUAGAACCGGUUGCUAGAUUAGCGGCUUAUUGGAAUACCCCUAUUAUAACUGGAAUGGGUGACCAGCCACCCAUGGAAGGAGAACUUUCCGUUACUUCAUCGAGAAUUCUAGGGAGAUACAAUCCAACCAACAAAAGCGAUAGUCCCGGCAUCUUGAAAGAUAAAAGCAAAUAUCCAACUUUGACGAGAAUGUCUUACUGCCAAUGCCGCUUGAAAAAAGUUUUUUCUAGCAUAUUCAAGCAAUUCGGUUGGAAUCACGUAGCUCUUAUUUUGGACAGGUCUGACCUAUUUUCCCUUACCGUAGGAAAAAAUCUUGAACACGGAUUGAAAAAAGAAGGAUUGCUCUCUUUCGUAAAGGAACUAGACGGAAAUGACAAUGAUUCGAUAGACAACUACCUUAGAGACGCUAGCAUGUAUGCGAGAGUUGUCAUUUUAAGUGUGAGAGGAAGUUUAGUUAGAAAAUUUAUGUUGUCUGCUCACGCUUUAGGAAUGACCAAAGGGGACUGGACGUUUUUGGAUGUCGAAAUUUUUCAGGGACCUUAUUGGGGAGAUCACGACUGGAGAGCUGGUGACUCCGAAGAUUCUUUGGCACGAAAAGCUUAUGAAGCACUGUUAAGGGUGUCAUUAUUGCAACCUACCAGUGACAAGUUUCAAGAUUUUGCAGACAAAGUAAAGGAGAGGUCUUUAAGGGAUUACAACUACACCAUAAGCGAAGGCGAAGAGGUAAAUUUUGUAAUUGGUGCUUUCUACGAUGGAGUCUAUCUUUUGGGUAUGGCGCUGAAUGAGACUCUGUGGCAAGGUGGUGAUAUUCGUGAUGGACUGGGAAUUACGAAUCGCAUGUGGAAUAGAGAAUUUUUGGGUAUCACGGGGUACGUCCGCAUCGACGAUAAUGGCGAUCGCGACGCAGAUUACUCUAUAUUGGACUUGGAUCCUAUCACCGGAAAAUUCGAAGUGGUCGGUCAUUGCAACGGGGUGGACAAACAUUACACCCCGGUACUUGGAAAGAGAAUCCACUGGCCUGGAGGACGAGAAGGACCACCACCGGAUAUACCAAAAUGCGGAUUUUUGGAUGACAGUUCCGAAUGUCGCAAUCAUGAGGCUUACAUGAUAAUAAUUUAUGGGUCUUUGGCAUUUGGACUGUUUAUAACAUGCUCCACAAGUCUCGUAUGCGUGGCCUAUAAGCACAUGAAAAUCGACGCAGAUUUGAACAACAUGUCGUGGCGAAUUCGACCAGAAGAAGUGAUUUUAGAAGCCGGAAGAACAUUUGGAUCAAAAUUGGCACUUCAAAAACUGUCUGAGACUUUCGAUUUGACGAGCGGAAGAGCGUCAAUUACCUCCAAUACAUCGAUACGAUCUGCAAAAAUAUACACUUCGGUCGGUAUGUACAAGGGAAGCAGGGUUGCUAUCAAGAAAAUCGUUAAAAAGAAAAUUGACGUAAAUAAAAAGCUACUUUGGGAAAUCAAGCAGGUAAGAGACGUCACUCAUGAAAACACGGUGAGGUUUAUAGGGGCAUGCAUCGAAUGUCCAACAAUCCUAAUUCUAACGGAAUAUUGCUCACGGGGAAGCUUAAGGGACGUUUUAGAAAACGAAGACAUCCACCUCGAUUGGAAUUUUCAAAUGUCGCUUAUUUUUGAUAUUGUUAAGGGAAUGAGUUACAUACACGGUUGUGACAUUUCCUUUCACGGAAAGUUACGUUCGUGUAACUGUCUUAUCGACGGGCGCUUCGUUUUGAAAAUUUCUGAUUUUGGACUCACAUCUCUUACUACUCCGGUGGACCUAAUAAAAGAUGCCAAUUAUUACAAUAAGUUGCUUUGGGUUGCUCCGGAACUUUUACCCUUAACGUUAAUCCCUGGAAAUCCCGCUACUCAAAAAGGUGAUGUCUAUAGCUUUGCCAUUAUCCUCGAGGAAAUAAUCGUACGGGGUGGUCCUUACGAAGCUGCAAGACGCUAUUUGGAAGUUGAGGAGAUAAUUGCACGUGUGGCUAGUCGGGAAACGCCGCCAUUUAGACCAGCUGUUACUCAAAGAAAUUGCCCCGGAGAACUUCUGGAACUUAUGGAAAGCUGCUGGAAUGACAAUCCGGACGAAAGACCUACUUUCGAAUUCAUUAGAAGUAAUCUUAAAUCGAUGAUGAAGGGUUACUGCGAAAAUCUCAUGGACGAUCUUCUCAGAAGAAUGGAACAGUACGCUAACAACCUCGAAGUACUUGUGAGUGAAAAAACUGAAGAGCUUAGUCAAGAAAAGAGAAGAUCCGAAGAACUGCUUUACCAGGUUUUGCCAAGACCAGUAGCUCAACAAUUAAUGAGUGGAGAGAUGGUGCAGCCGGAACAGUUUGAGUGUGUUACUAUUUAUUUUAGCGAUAUUGUUGGAUUCACGGCACUUUGCGCAACCAGCACUCCAAUGCAGGUUGUCGAUUUUUUAAACGAUUUGUACAGCACGUUCGAUAGAAUAAUAGGAUCGUAUGACGUAUACAAGGUGGAAACAAUAGGAGAUGCUUAUAUGGUGGUAUCUGGAUUGCCAACACCAAAUGGCGAUAAUCACGCUCGUGAAAUCGGCCUUAUGGCCUUGGCCAUUUUGGAUGCAGUGCGCAAUUUUACAAUUGAACAUCAACCUGACCGAACACUACAACUACGCGUGGGAAUACAUUCGGGGCCGGUAUGUGCGGGAGUUGUGGGUCAAAAAAUGCCGCACUAUUGUCUAUUUGGUGAUACAGUCAACACCGCCAGCAGAAUGGAAAGUACCGGCCAACCUCUGAAAAUCCACGUCAGUGAGGCAACAAAACAAAUAUUCGACAAAUUUGGCACUUUCCGACUAGAAUUGAGAGGUGAAGUAGAACUGAAAGGCAAGGGGUUUGUUACAACCUACUGGCUUUUACGAAGUACAGAGCUGGACUCUAGGCCUCUCUCUCCUUUCGCCACAACAGUCGAACAGGAUCCUACAAAUCCGUAUCCGCUUAUAUUUAUGGGAUAGUUUUCUAUUGAUAAUAGUUGUUCAUAGCAGAUACAACUAAUUUUAUUGUAGAAAUGAUUAAAGAAAUAGUCGAAUAUUUUACCAAACUUUGCCUAAAAUCCCAAAUUAAAAUUUGCCAAAAAUUUAUUAGUUCCGAACAGAAUAUUCAGAAUAGUGAUGAUGUUUUUUUUUUCAUAAAAAUAUUGCAACUCGUAUAACAGACAUAAAAUUUUUGCAAAUAUUUUUAUCCGCAGAAAUACUUAGAAUUUGUGUGUGAAAAGGCGCAAAAUGUUUUUAAAUAUCUCUCUAGUAAAUAUAUCAUUUUAUUUUAUAUAUCGUGGGAAUAGAAACAAAAUUGGCUUUUUCAAAAAAUAUGAGAUAACCAAAUAAAGAAAAAUGUAUGCAUUGUAAAACUUAUGCAUAAAAUAUUCAAGCACCAACUAUGGAAUUACGAAAUCGAUUCCGACCCGCUAUUUUGACUGACUGAUUAGAAAAAAUGCACAAAAUAAAUAAAAUGGAAUAUAAUUUUAUGACCUAUAUUUUAAUUUAACUUAAAUUAGGCAGUGGGCAAUGGCCUAAAAAUGGGUAUAAAAGGCCACACGUACAGACUUUACCACACGUUUUUCGGUUGUAUCGUAUGUAUGUAAUAUCGCAUGUAGACAGCAAAACUGUAGCUCGCACAAAUUUGAAAGAGCGGCUUGUGCAAACAUCGCCCAGUUCAAGAUUUUAGUUGGCAUAAACUAGUUUGUGCGGUAAAUUAAUUAAGCAAUAAAAAGACACCAACCCGACAUUUGGCCACAUAUUUUCUGAUUGCAAAACUUCAUUAAACCUUUUGAUAGUAAAGUUUGUGCAAAGUUGCUUGCAUCGUAUUGGCACUGUAUAGCGUUCCGCUUUUUUUGACCAAACAAUACUGUACAGACAAGUCUCUCUAUCGUAUAACCCUUAAGAGAACGCAAAAAUAUUUCGCUUCCAGUUAAACAUGCGAAUGGAUACAUUGUAAAAUAAAACAAAAAAUAAAUUCAUAACGGAAUUCAAAAAC